UUCGAUCUCUCCGGGACUAUCUAUCUCCAUUUCUCUCCAAGGCGAGCUCGCUCCUCACUCGAUCGCCGUGUCGCAGUUCAUCCUGACUAGCUUCACUUCAGAAAGCUGCAUAUAUAUACAAAGCUCUCUCGGCUCUGAUCGUCUCUAGCUAAUUGGUAUCCAGACGGUAAAGAAUAUGAUAUGAAGAAAAAUGCCAACGCUGAUCAUCACCGUGGACCUGCAGUGCUGCCGCUGCAACAUCAAGAUCCAGAAAGUCCUCUGCUGCAUGCAAGAGCGAGGCGAGUUGGAGAUCGAGAAGAUCGUGUACGAGAAGGACACGGUGGUGGUGUCCGGCCCCUUCGACGCCGAGAAGCUCUCCUGCAAGCUGUGGUGCAAGGCCGGCAAGAUCAUCAAGGACAUCAAGAUCAAGCCGCCGGAAGAGAAGAAGAAGCCCGAACCCAAGCCCGAUGAGAAGAAGCCCGAUCCCAAGCCCAAGCCCGACCCAUGCAAGCUCAUACCAUUCCCGUACCCUUACGUGUACCCGCCGCCGCCGCCGUGCGGCGGCUGCGCCACCCCGCACUGCUGCGACUGCCACCCCAAGCCACCUCCGCCGGCGCCGGCGCCAGCGAAGCCAGCGUGCGGCUGCCCGGCUUGGUCGUCGCCGUGCCACUGCUACCCGCCGCCGGCCAUGCCGCCGUACCCGCCGGUGCUCGUCUGCGACGAGGGCCCGCAGUACGGCGCCUGCGCCGUCAUGUAGCCAGCGCUGGUCAUCUCCUUCCCCGUUCAUAUAUCCGUCCAUGAAUGUGUUCUUGAAAGUCUCACCGGACGUUUGUUAUUAUGAAGUUCAUCACUUUGGGCUUUGAUUGGGUGUGGGAGGAUUGCUUAUGUUUUUUAAGAUGAUGGAAAUUAAUAUUACUCCAUGUAUUUAGAGAAUGCUUUUAUGUGAUAAUGUUAAGGAAAUAAAUAAUUGAGCUUAGUAGUAUUAAGACAAUGCUUUAUGUGAAGGCAAUAAAUAAUUGGGUGUAGUAUUAUCCUGAAGUACUGAACUGUGAAACAUACCUCAGGUAUA